UGGUGUGUGGAAAAAUACUUAAUUUGCCCCCAGAGACAAGGAAGCAAAUCCUUUACCACUAGAAGCCGCCCAUCUCGUACUACUGGUCAAUCAUAUGUGUGUGGCUUCCGACUUCCGAGUUUUGAAACUCCAGGGCCUCGUUCUCAUGCCGUGCACCCUUCCGCAGUCAAUGGCCACGCUCGCGGGUUCGAGUUCUCUCGGUCUAUCGGCCAGGUUGGCCUUCCUUCUUGAACUUUCGCUUCCUCUGGUCUCACAACUUUCAUUUAAACGGAGAGCGCGCUUUUCAGAAUAGUACCGAACUCCUCCUAAUUUCUAUCCAAUUUCACCCGCAGAAUUUUGAGGGAAUCUGACUAAUUAGGCCUUACUACACGGCUGUUCAUUUUUACUUUGAUUUAUUCGCAAUGGGUGAAUGCAAAAUGGAGGACGUGUCACUGCCAUCUGUCUUCGAGCAAGCCCGAAGGGUUCACACAACAGCAACGGAGUCUGGGGCUGAUCAGGAGGUUGUCAGGAAAGGCUGCGAGGUACUGAGGAAGUGCGAAGACAUGAUAAAUAAGCUGGGUCUGUUCUCGGCUAAUGAGACCAAAGAUGAUAUUAGUACCACGAGUCUCAAGUAUAUUCUGGUGCCAUUUUAUCUAGCUGAGUUAACUGGAAAAAUAGCACAAGAUGACAGGAUACAGAUUCUUAAGGCUUCCCAGGCAAAGCUAAAGGACUUUCUCUCAUUUUGUGAAGCAAUGGAGCUUGUCCCACAAGAGGAGUUAGAAUCUUAUAAGCAAGGGGCACCAAAAUCUGUUGCUGAUCAGAGGGCCAGAAAGAUUGCUAGAUUUAAAUGUCAAAGAGCUGUAGAGUCAAAAUUGCUGGAAAUAAAGUAGCAAAAGGAGAGGCGUGGCUGUUCUACCAAAGCCGCUGCAUUGUCUGCCCCUGUUGAGGCAGGAGAAGAAGAAGUACUGGAUGACGGUGGAGAAGAAGGAAGAGAGGUUUUCUUCUCAUUCCUUCAUGCUUUAUGUGUAAAUGAUACCAUUCUUCUGGAGCUCGUGUUGUAGUUUGUCAGUUCAUAUUUACAGCAUAUACUUUUUUUCCCUCUGAUUGGAAGGUGCUUCAUGGAACAAAUUCUGGGCAACUUUUCCACCGGGUCAUUUUGAUUUUCUUUGAUUGUAACCGAUGGGCUAUAAAUCACUUAAGAUUAUAUUGUAUCUUCUAGCCAUCGAAUUUUGCCAAAUAAUGGCUAUUUCUGACUUUGUGGAAUCAAUAUUGGCUCGAUAAUUUAGCCUUGAACAAA